UCUCUCUCUCUCUCUCUGAACGCAACAGCUGCACAGUGAGUGAUUUGCAAACAUUGAAAGCAAGGCAUUUCGUCCGGCUAACAAUUGGCUAACUCAGCUAAUCAGAUUUCCAGAAAGAAAUAAGCUACCAAACUAACACCCCAGAUAUUAUUAGUUACUAUAGCGAUUGUUGGCACACAAUAAGAAUACCUGACGAAGUCUGAACAUAAAGGUUUUGCCUGUCAGGACAAUUCCUCUGUGUGAAUCACAAGAUAUCAACUGAUCAAGUUUAUGCCCCAUUAUCUGGCAGUGACUGGCAAGCCUCGACUGCUUCUCUUGUACAGGAUGGAUCAUACGGGUUUACUGAAACUCUUAGCAUAUGCGCUGUACUGAAAUUUUAAAAGCCUGUUUGGAAAAUUUGGCAAGUUCCAUGGAAGUGUUAAGAGCUUUCAACUGAAACUAAACAAGAAAGAAAUACCCAAGUAAAUUCCUGCUGAAAUGCCUACCCACCCACUGAUCCCAUAUGUGGAAAGUCCUGAUGGACUAGGUCAUGACAUUCUCAGCCACAGCAAUGCAAGCAUGCCUGGUACUGGAUCUAGCAUGACGCCCCACGCCAGCGUGGUGGAAAAACUAGACACGCUGGCAGAAAGUAGCCUACCUCUAGACUGCAUGUUUUGCGAGGAGACUUUCCUGCAUCAGGAAGACCUGGGACUACACCUUCUUUCCCAACAUCCCACAACAUUCCACGCUCCCGCAGUGUUGCGUGUGGAAGCGGAAUUCUUAACUCCCAGCGAAAGGGCUCGUUCUAAGACCUGCCAAGCUGUGGAAAAGAAUGAGGAGCUCUGUUGUGUCGUGUGCGGCCAGGCCGUUGCAGAUGCGACCGAGCUGGAAACGCACAUGCGGAAACACAAGGACUCUUUCACGUACUGCUGCGGCCUCUGUGGACGUCGUUUCAAAGAGCCGUGGUUCCUAAAGAACCACAUGAGAACCCAUGGUGGAAAGGCUAAAAACAAAAACCAGGACCUGGAGAUCCCUGCCACCAUUAAUGACAUCAUCCAAGACCAACCCCCAUCACCUGUGGUCACGUCGUACAAAAUGUGCAUGGUAUGUGGCUUCUUUUUCCUGAACAAGGAAGUUCUGGCUGAGCACAGCAAGGUCCACAAUCGUGAACUGGAAGUGGAUGAGAACGUGUCCUCCGAUAGCCAACCUGCUGAGGAGGUUCCUGUAUCUCAGAAGGCAUUUUUGCAGACCCUACAGUUGCAUCCUUCGGGUGCAAGAGAAGAAGCUGAACAGAGUCAUCCAUCGGGACGCUGGAUAUCCCAACUUGAUCCUUUUAACACCUACCAGUCUUGGCAGUUGGCCACCAGAGGCAAGAUCGCAGCAGGUCCAAACUUGGCCAAGGAGCUCAAUGCAGACUCCAACUCUGACAAUGAGGACUCUGGUUCUGAAAAAGAGGAACUAGGGGCCAUUUGGGCUUCUGGUGGUGGAGAUAAACCCAGGCGAGGCCUACGAAAUGAACUCAAGUCUAGCGAGACUCCUUCCCCAUCACCUGAGCAAAAAGGUCUGAUUCGUAAAGACAAGCCAACAAACUGCGAAGAGUGUGGCAAGAUCUUCCGGACGUACCAUCAGUUGGUCCUCCAUUCUAGAAUCCACAAGAAGGAACGAGGGGGAGCAGAGAGUCCCACCACACCUGUAGACGGGAGGGCCCAAAGCAUAGGCUCUUGUAGUAGUUCAUCUCUCGACCGAGCCGAAGAGUACUCGGAGGAUGGCUCCGAAGAGGGAGUGCCAGUUGACGCCUUUAAUCCAGAAAAAAUUGAGGAAGGAUCAGGAAAAAUGAAGCUGAAAAUUCUUGCUCCAAGAAAAUGCAGUUACUGUGGCAAAACUUUCCGCUCAAACUAUUACCUCAAUAUUCAUCUCAGGACACAUACUGGUGAAAAACCAUAUAAAUGUGAAUACUGUGACUACGCCGCAGCACAAAAAACAUCUUUGAGGUACCAUCUAGACCGACGUCACAAGGACAAACCUUUCACAGAAAUCCCGAACAUUCCUGCAACCCUGUCUGCUAGAAAUAUCAUCAAGGCCAUUGAACCUCCCAAGAAUGUAGAUGACAAACAAGCUUUAAAACCAGCCAAACAGUGGCUUGCUCCUAAACCUCUGCCUGCCAGUGUUAAACAUGAACCAGGCAUGAACCAAGCCGUUAUUAACAGCACAAAUCCUUCCAUUCAAGUCAAGCAAGAUUAUGUUAGUGCUCCCGUCGCAGCUCCUUACACCCCUGUGGGUGAGGUCAACAAAAAAUACCUGUUACCGGUAAACCCGAAGAUGGAGGAGAAGGAGGCUACCGAAGCACCUUUGAAUUUGUCUCUCAAAGUGCCACUUCCUGCAUCUGCUACCUCAGUACCCAGAAACCUGUUACCAACUAACACAUGUACCUCUUGCUCCUAUGAAACCCUUUACCCUGAGGUUCUCUUGAUGCAUAAAAAGCUCAUCCACAAGGAGAAGUUGGAUGUCAAGAAGAAUGGAUACAGGGGAUCUCAGAAACAAAAACGGUACACUGGUUGCCCGCCGGCUCUUGAGGGCAAAGACGUCACUCCUUUGCCCCACAUCAACAGGAAGCAUCCCCGUCGGACCAAAUCCCCACUGCGGAAACCAGAAAAACUUGGGGAAAAGCUUCCGAAACAGCCUCAGAUGUCUAAGAUUUCUCCUGUGAAGGAGCGCUGGAGAGAUCAGCACCAGGAGGGCCAACGGGGCAGGGAAUCAGAUGCAACCAGCUCGCUUUCUAGAAUCUCAGAGCAAGAAUCUAGCAGAAAAUUAAAUGUGCCAUUGGUAAUCGAUCGAGAGUUGUCCAGGCUAAGGCCUGGCCUGGAUCAUGAGAUGAAUCAGAGGGCAAGCUUGGGCAAAAACGGAAUGGUUUGGCCCACAGAUCCAGCUAGACUUUGCCUUUCGGACCGUUUCCGAAACUUGACGCAAACAGAUGUCGGUGAACCCUCUAGCAAGAGACACAAGUCCUUUGAGCCUCUACAUACUGCAUCUGGACGGCUCGGAGAGGAUUUCAACCGGAUCGUGCCCUCUGGCAGAAAUGCGAAAACCUCGUUGCAGGUGAACUCGCCCUUGGCUUCGGUUAAGGUGACUCCCACUCCGUCUCCCAACAGCAUGCAGGCCGACUGGAAUGUCAUCAACCUGCUCCGCAACUACACGCCUAACAACCUGGCCUCGCUCUAUCACCCCGCUGCUGCAGGCUCCAGCCAUGCUGUCAUGGCCUCACCUGUCACUGGGAGCAGGUCCUUGAUCUUCCCUCACUACUCCACUAGUAUGACUCAGAGGAGAAUCCAAACCAGCCCUCUGAGUAACAAACGCUGUGGACCUUCAGAUAAGAGCUCUUAGACCGAUCCAGGCUUCAAAAUAUGCCGAUAAAACGGUGGGGUCCUCGGUUGGGAGGAAAGUUUAACUGAUUUGAUGUUGCUCACUGUUCUUCAGACACUACCGUCGAAGGGUUUGACGUGUUGGAAGGAUGUACUGUGUGGAUACGGGCCUCGGGCUCUGCUCUAGCCUUGGCUGCAAGGCAGAACGAACUUGGACUGCAGCCUUGAACAGUGUUGUUUUGAUUCAAUUUGCAUUCCAUUAUGGCAAUAGAUUCAUCUGCGGUGCACUUAACACGAAGCUGAACGUCAGACGCACUCCGUGCAUGACAGUUGACUUGUGAAUCUGUUGUGGGUCGGUGGUUUAUUAUGACGGCCUAAAUACUAAUCAAACCACAAGCCCAGCAAGUGCCUCCAUUACUUUUUAUUAAAAGCCUAAAAGCACGAGGGGACGGCACUGACCGAAUAAACAAAGACGGCCGCUGUGUUUUUUGCUUUCCUCUAAUAGUGUCUGUAUUGUUAAUGUUUAACAUCUCUUUUGCAGGUCAACUUUAUGCUAUGCACAGAACGGGAUAAUUUCCGAAUUAGAAACCUUCUCAUUUGUACAAAAUCUAGCUGCUGUUACCGUCUCGGAUGCGAGACUUCUGAAGCAAUGGUGACGUACUGUGUACUGUUGUGUAGGUACAUUUAAAAGUAAAGUAAAAUAAGUAAAUGCAGGGACUGCGUGGAACCUCCUUCACUGUGACAAAGACAUUCAAUGAGAUCCUCAGGAUUGAUGAAACAUAACUGUGAUUUUGCGCCUCCACUGCUGAGCAGUUUCCGCCAAAUGUGUGGUGAGCAUUUUUGAUGUGAUUGUUACGUUUUCAUACACCAGAAUGUUUUGUUUUUUUUUACUUAAUAAUCAAGUGUAUAUUUAUUUUCAGGCGAGUGUGUUGCUUUAUUAAUUUGUAUGUGGAAUGGUGGCUAAAGCUCGUCAUGGUUUCUGUUACUGUCUGAGUUCAGUAUACUAACUCUGAAGAUGUUUGGAGAGUUAACUUAUUUUGUAAUAUAUAAGGGGCUUUCAUGAGCUGAAGCAAAUGCAUCAAUUUCCAUUGAUAAUAAACUUGAAGCGUUUUAUUUUUUUCGUUUGCUUCACACCACAUUGAUGAAUCGCCCCUUAUUUAGUUAUUUUGUGAGUCGUAGAUCAGUUAGGCUGAGUGAUAAUGGAUUCUAUUCGACUUUGGUCAGAAACCAAUGCUGCUUCAUGCUAAACGCAGGUUCGAACUGGUUUUUGUCCUCGCUCCCGCUCAGUAUUUCGACUCUUAAACACACCGAAGUGGGUUUGUGUAGAUAGUUUGGUUUAGGAUGUAGUGGCCACCAUGUGUACAUUUGUUUGUAGUUGUGUUUUUUUUUUAAUUUUAUUUUUUUCUCUGUAGGUUUGCAUUUUAAAUUUUUCUUUUGCACUUUUACUAAUGACUUUUUCCCUUUAGAGUUCCUUUCUUGUGGUCAAAAAUUAUGAAGCCAAGAUGCUUUUUCUCCCUGCUCUUCUCGUCCAAUGUUUCAUGAAUGAUGCUGUUGUUUUUGUCUCUAACAGAAUGUCAUUUGGAUUUCCAAUCUUGUAACCCACCUUGUUAUUAAGCCAGGUGUAUUCCAGGGCUCAGGCCCUUUCUAGAGGCAGAAUAAAGCAGUUGUGCAAA